GUCAACUUUAUAAAGGAUCCAAAGAGUCCAUGUUAGGAUAAAAGGUAGUGGUUCAUUAUUACAGAGACUAUAAGAAAAUAAUAAACUUUCAAAGUUAUUGAUCUAGUUGUUGUCAUGACCUAAAGUUAACAUAGACAUGGCUGACUGUGACAGAUGAAACAGGUAAUAUGCUUUUUUUUUUUACUUUAAUUUUGAAAUACGAAGUUGUUUAAUGCUGCCUUUGUGUUAUCGGGAUUAUCAUAUUUCCCACUUCUAAAGUGGUAAUAGGAGUAUGUCGCAUUCAAGUGCUUUGUUGGUGGAAAGACUAGAACACUUGUAUGACGCAAGGUUCAGUCAUACAUAUUUCUUGAGGAACCAUCUUGACUGUUUUGGGUUGAACAGAUCACUUGACUGCAUCACAUGACAACAAAUAUGUCAUCUUUCUCGAAUAUCUUGGUGAGCUAUACUUUUAAUUUAAGGUUAUUCGCUUUUCCAAAGCUGCCGUGUGAAAAGUAGUUCCAUGUAGUGGCACCCAUGUAUUACAUAAAAACAAACAGGAAAACUUCCUUAGUGUGAUUGGAUUUCUUGUUUAGACUUUAGAAUUGGUUAAAGGUGCAAUAUGUAACAAUUUUCAUGUAAUAUUCACCUUUUUUUUUUGCCAAUGUGUGAACGGCUUGUAACGCAACUUAAAAAAUGAGCCCUUUCCUGACUUCCUAGGUUGCCUAUUAAAGCCUGUAGACUGAUUUUCAUGCGAAUGGAGCGGUCGCUUUUGCCGGGAAAAUCCAAAGGAUGUGACGUUUAUACGUGCUCCCAAGAGCCUUGCCUCAGACAGUAAUAGCUUCUCUUCCGCUAUUCAACAGCGACAACAAAUUGCAAUACUAGGUAACGUUAUCUUAGAGAUGAAAUCCAGCAAACGUCCAGCUCCCAGCACAACACCAACUCCUACACAAACUCUGAGUAAGCCAAAAAACAAAUAAAAAACAAAACAAAGCAAAAAAACAUUUAUCUGCUGAACCCCGUCUGGCUAAGUAGGAACAUGAUCGUGGUUGAGUGAAAACUAGAGUGAACAUCGGCAGGGCAUUUGAUUCCUGGAGGACCUUCAAUUGGUUUGGGGAUCAAAACCGACCCUGAAUUGGCGUUCUUCUUAUUGGACAGGUAAGCUUACAUAACUGCAAAGCAUGUGAAAUAUAGUGCCAUAAGGAUUGAUCUGUGUAAUUUUAGCUAACUUGAAUCUUGCCUGCUAACGCUGACGAAUUGCAAGCCACCUUGCUUCAUAACUUUCAAAUAAUUUCAACGAUCUUCUCUUUAUACUAAAGUCAGGUAUACAGGAUAAAUGUAAGCAAAUACGCUGGUUUCAUGAUCGAAGUACAGCAUAUGACACACAAAACAUACAAUAGUGCAACAUAACAGUGCAGUUCAACAGUAAACUGUCUGGUAUAGUUCGGUAGUAUGUAGCUGUAUGUGUGUAUCAGUGUGCUAUGUUAGCUGACAAGUAGUUUUAGUUUGUAGUAAAACAAUCAUAAAUGUGUAAUUUUAAUUAUGCUACCUCAUCUGUCAGCAUGAUGCCGGUGGAUCACAUACAGUCUCUUUGUACGUUACAUCAUUGUUUUGGUCGAUGCUCGCUCGCGUCCCUGAGGAGUGUGUGCACGAGCGCGAGCACGAGCAACAGGUUGCUAGCUGCAGUUCACUUAAUGGCCACAGUACAUAGGAAAAUACUGCAAUGAGUGGCUCCUGUGAGUUAGAAGAUAAUGUCUCAAUCAGUCAUGAGGAUACAGACCAUUCCAGCUACUUACCUGUGGAACCCAAAACUUUCCAUGGAGUGGAAAGCGUUGAGGUUAAUCAGCAGAAGAGAGGGGGCUCUCCAGUGUGUAGCUGUGUUUCUAUGAAGAGUGUUGCGUCAAUGGAUCCUCCAGUUACAUUCCAGAAAGGAGAUCAAUGCUGUGUUUCUGUUCAGAGGAACUUGUCAAUGGAUAUACCACCUAGUGUGCAUAUAGCUGAUUCUUCCACUCAAAGAGAGCAGCCGGGAGAUUUGCACAGUCAGUCUCUCCCAAAACAUCAAAUGGCUCUAGCUGCUAUAUUGAGGCAACUUGAAGAGAAAGUCAUCACUUUUGUGAAAAAGGAGCUCAGAAAAAUCAGCAAUGUUUUGAACCCAGAUCUCGCAAAGUGUGCAGAGACUCAUUCAGAGGAAGAGGAAAAUGCCCAAGAAGCUGAAGAAGCUGCAGUCAAGAUCACAUUACACAUUUUGAAGGGCAUGAAAGAGCAGAGCCUCUUUGACAAACUAGUUCAAUUUCAUCAAAUCUAUGCAUGUCAGCAAAAGCUUAAAUGCAGUUUGAAGAGCAAGAGCCAAUGUGUAUUUGAAGGAAUUGCUAAGCAAGGAAAUCCAGCACUUCUAAACAAGAUCUACACAGAGCUGUACAUCACAGAGGGAGGGAAUGGAGAGGUCAAUAAUGAACAUGAGGUGAGACAGAUUGAGACAGCAUACAGGAGACCAGAGACUCAGGAAACACCAAUCAAAUGCAAUGACAUCUUUAAAGCCUUACCUGCACAAGACAAACCCAUCAGAACUGUGCUGACUAAAGGAGUUGCUGGAAUUGGAAAAACAGUCUCUGUGCAGAAGUUCAUUCUUGACUGGGCUGAGGGAAAAGCAAAUCAGGAUGUCCAUAUCAUGUUCCCAUUACCAUUCCGGGAGCUGAAUUUGAUUGCCAAGAACCAUUACACUUUGGAGCGACUUCUUAAUUUCUUCUUCCAAGAAAUCGAUGGAUUGAGUCUAUCAAACUUUGAAAACUACAAAGUCAUAUUCAUCUUUGAUGGUCUGGAUGAGUGUCGACUACCCCUUGAUUUUAGGAACAACAAGAGGUGCUCUGAUUUAACUGUGGCAACCUCAGUAGAUGAACUUCUCACAAACCUCAUUAGGGGGAAUCUGCUUCCUUCUGCUCUCCUCUGGAUCACCUCACGACCAGCAGCAGCCAAUCAGAUUCCUCCUGAGUGUGUUGACCAGGUCACAGAGGUACGAGGCUUCAAUGACCCUCAGAAAGAUGAGUAUUUCAGGAAGAGAAUAAAUGACCAGAGCAUGGCCAACAGAAUCAUCAAACACAUCAAAUCAUCAAGAAGCCUGUACAUCAUGUGUCACAUACCAGUCUUCUGUUGGAUUUCAGCCACUGUUCUAGAGAGAAUGUUGAGUGAAGCAGAGGGUCAUCAAAUCCCCAAGUCUCUGACUGAAAUGUACACACACUUCCUAAUUUUCCAGACAUUACAGAGGAAUAAGUACCAGGAACCACAUCACUUGGAUUCACACUUGAGUAGAGAGAACAUUUUGUCGCUUGGAAAACUGGCCUUCCAGCAGUUGAGGAAAGGUUAUGUGAUCUUCUAUGAAGAAGACCUGACAGAGUGUGGCAUUGAUGUCAAGGAUGCAUCACUGUACUCAGGACUGUGCACCCAGAUCUUCAGAGAGGAAUUUGGAUUGUACCAAAGGAAAGUCUAUUGCUUUGUGCAUCUGAGUUUCCAAGAGUUCCUUGCAGCUUUGUUCAUUCACCUUCAUUGGUUCACAGCUCAAAAUUCUCACGAAAUGAAUAUACCAUUCCAAGACACUGAAUUCGGGGAGCUUUGUGUGGAUUCAAGUCUGUUUGACCUGCACAAGAGUGCCGUAAAUCAGGCUUUAGAGUCGCAGAAUGGCCACUUUGACCUUUUCCUCCGGUUUCUUCUCGGCCUAUCACAGAAGGGCAAUGAGAUGUUGCUUCGUCACCUUCCAAUACAGAUAGGAAACAGCACACAGAGCCAUGAGGAUACAGUCAAAUACAUAAAGGACAAGCUUGGGGCCGGUCUUAGCCCAGAAAGCUCCAUUAAUCUCUUCCACUGCCUCAAUGAACUCAACGACCAUUCUCUUGUUGAGGAAAUCCAAGCAUACCUUCACUCUGGAAGACUUUCACCAGAGGUACUUUCGCAUGCACAAUGGUCAGCUCUGGUGUUUGUAUUGCUCACCGGUGAUAAAGGACUGGAGAUUUUUGACUUGAGAGAAUACUUCAAAUCAGAUGAUUGUCUUUUCAGGCUUCAUCCUGUUAUCAAAGCCAGUCGGACCGCCAUAUUGUCCACAUGUAACCUGACAAAGGGAUCUUGUUCAGCUUUGGCUUCAGUUCUUGAAUCAAGCCCAAAUGUUCUAAGAGAACUCGACCUAAGCUUCAACGACCUUCUAGACAAAGGAGUAAAACAUCUCUGCUCUGGACUGAAGAAUCCACACUGUAAACUAGAAAAGCUAAAGUUGGAGUUUUGUAAACUUAGACAAGACAGCUGUUCAGCCCUGGUUUCUGCUCUUAAAUCAAACCCCUCACAUCUGAAGGAGCUGGACCUAAGCUGUAAUAACAUUGGAAAUGAGGCAGCAACCUGGCUUAUGGGUUUAUUACCAGUCUGUAGGCUGGAGACUCUUAGGCUUUCAGGUUGUGGGAUCACCAAGGAGGCCUGUGCUUUCCUCGCAUCUGCUCUGAGUUCAAAACCAUGCCACCUUAAAAGGCUGGAUUUGAGUGAUAAUAAUCUUUGGGAUUUAGGAGUCAGUGUAUUUCCUGAUUUACUUAUGAACCCGAAUUGCAACCUUGAAGAGUUGAGAUUAGAGAGAUGCAAUAUUACAUCUAGAGGUUGUAGAUUUGUUUCGGAGUGCUCACGUCUAAGAGCUCUGGAUCUGUCUGACAAUGAUCUGCAGGAUUCAGGAGUGAAGCAGCUCAUGAAGUCACUGAAGAGUCCACUCUGUAAACUUGAGAAACUAAGGUUAUCACAAAGCAGGCUGACAGAUAAGGGUUUCUUAUAUCUGGCUUCAGCUCUGAUAUCAAACCCUUCCAGCCUGAAAGAGCUGGAUUUGAGCACAAAUUUUCCUGGACAUUCAGGAAUAGAGCAACUUUGUACAUUCCUCAAAAAAAGCAACUGUGCUCUUGAAAAGCUGCGUUUGGACUCUUGUGAACUCACUGUUGAAAUGUGUGGCUUACUUGCCACAGCUCUCAACCAAAACUUGAACCUGAGGGAGUUGAACCUGAGCAACAACAACAACCUUAAAGAUAAAGCUGUACAGAUGCUCUGUGAGGGCCUACUGGAGAGCAAGGGUGGCCUGAAGAUUUUAAAAUUGUCCAACUGUUCUCUCACUGACAGUGGUUGUCAAUAUUUGGCAUCUGUUCUUAGUUGUCAGUCGUGCCACCUGAGUGAACUGGACCUCAGCAGAAACUCCAUCAGCCAGCAGAGGAAGCAGUUUCUGAGCUCAAUUUCAAAUGUCAUUCUUUCAUUGUAGUUUAGGAGAAAAUGUAAUUUUGCAAGUGAAUAUAUAAGUAUAAGGUCUGUCUGAGCAACUAUGUUUAACAUCUUGUGUAGAUAAAUAAGAAAGUAAUGUAAUUUAUACAUGCAUAUAUACUGCCGUGCAAAGGAAAAAGGCUGUAACUUCGUUUUUGGUCGAAAAUGAUAUUUUUGAGACUUUCAAGACCUCCUUUAUCAUGUGGAUAAGUAUCUUGAGUCAAUUUUGUUGUUUUUUUGAGAAAAUAAUGGGUUGUCUUAACAGUAACUUCCAAAAGCCCAAGAGAAACCAAGGCAGAACUCCGUAACUCCAAUUACCACUCUUUGACUGUUUUGGAUCGCUCAAAUUGAGUUAGGGUACUCUGCCUUUGUUUAGCCGUGUGUCAAAAUUAAGUUACUGUGCCGGCAUGGAGUUACUGUACUCUGCCUUUGUUUUUACAUUAAAGUUUACCACAUUUAAAUUAUGGUGUAGCCUGUGUAUUGUCAUACAUCUGUCACUGAAGCAAUCUGAUACACACGAUACCUGAAUAAAAG